AUGUUUGAUGCAAUCAAGUCUCUACUAAAGUCCAAAGCAAUAGUGAGGUGCGAGUCUCACCCGGGACAGUGUGUUUCCAAUAUCUUCCUAGCGGAUAAACCCGAUGGCGGGAAACGUUUCAUUUUGAAUUUAAAGUAUCUUAAUACUUUCCUAGAGUCUCCCCAUUUUAAAAUGGAGGACAUUAGAACUGCUUUGAGACUCAUCAAAAAAGACUGCUGGUUUACAUCCAUCGAUAUUAAGGACGCCUACUUCCAUAUACGAAUCCACCCAAAUUCUAGGAAAUUUGUAAGAUUUGAGUUUGAUCGGCAGUUAUACGAGUUCACCUGUCUGCCAUUUGGGUUAUCUCCCGCGCCCUAUGUUUUCACUAAACUCAUGCGCCCGGUAACACAAUGGCUGCGAUCUCAUAAUAUUUUGUGCGUGUGCUACCUGGACGAUAUCUUACUAUUGAAUUCUUCCUACGAUGGCUGCCUCCGUAAUACUAAGGUAGCAGUCGAUUUUUUGCAGUCUCUGGGAUUUUCCAUUAACUUACAAAAAAGCCGGUUAAUCCCUAACAAGACCAUCAAAUUCCUGGGCUUUAUGCUCGAUUCGGAGCAACUCACAAUUUUUCUGCCAAUAGAAAAGAAAGAAAAAAUAAAGAAGUGGACCAGUAAAUUCUUGUCUUUGAAACGCUGUAAAAUUCGCGAUUGGGCAGGUUUUAUUGGCUAUCUGGUGUCGGUCUGCCCGGGAGUCAAAUACGGGUGGUUACGUACCAAAAUUUUCGAACGGCACAAACAUUUGGCCCUCCAGCGAGACCUUAUUUGGUGGCUUACUUCAAUUGACGCUGCUUUUAAUGACAUUAGGAAGGAUCAAUUUGUGCUGGAGGUUUUUUCAGACGCCUCGCUUACUGGUUGGGGUGCUUGCUGCGGAGAGAGUAGAAUUCGUUUUGCUUCGUCCUGCUCCAACAGCAACAUCUUAUUAAGAUGCGAUAAUACUACUGCGUUAUCUUAUAUUAAUAAAAUGGGGAGCAUUCACCAUUCAGCGCUUUUUGAUCUCACAAAGAGGAUUUGGGAAUGGUGUGAGGAGCGAAACCUUUGGCUGCACGUGUCCUAUAUCAGCUCUUCGGACAAUUGGAUAGCCGACAGAGAAUCCAGGAGCCUAACACCCGAAACCGAAUGGAGCUUAAGCAACAGGGCGUUUAAGGUGGUGACCAAACGCUUCGGGUUACCAGAGAUAGAUUUGUUCGCGUCCAAAAACAAUCACAAAUGCCCUAUUUAUGUUUCCUGGCAAAGGGACCCUGAUGCCGUCAAGGUUGAUAGCUUCACUAUUCAAUGGAGUAAUCUGGCCUUCUAUGCUUUCCCUCCAUUCGCCUUGAUCUUAAGAGUAUUGCAAAAGAUAAUCGACGACAAGGCUGAAGGAAUUCAAGCAACCCCACCCUUUGGCGAACAACCUUUCUCUACUGGCGGCCAGGUUAUCAGGGAAGCGUUUACACGAAAGGAGCUGCCAAAAAAUGUAGUAGAAACAAUUUUGCACUCCUUAUCGGAAGCAACCAUCCAACAAUAUGGAGGGACGUUCAAGCUCUGGUGGCCCUACUGCGCCAAAAAAGGCAUCUCUCCCUUUGACGGCACACCUGCACAUGUGAUGGAAUUCCUGCAGUAUCUCUACGAUACAGGCAAUCAGAGCUAUGGAACUUUCAACUCGCAUCGUUCGGCCCUAUCUCUAAUCUUGUCCACCGAUUUAGCUGGCCACCCAGUUGUUAGUCGUUUCCUGAAGGGAAUAUCGAAGCUGCGACCGCAAAAACCUCGAUACGAUGUGGUUUGGGACCCUCACAUAGUGUUAAGUUUCCUGGAAAAACGUUCUACGCCCACCUUGCAAGCGCUCUCCGAGAAGCUAGUCACACUUCUGGCUCUUUCAACGGCUCACCGAAUGCAGACGUUUUCCCUAAUUCGGCUACCCAACAUCAUUGAGUCAAGGACUGGGUUUCAAAUAUUAAUAGAAGACAAAAUUAAAACUUCUGGCCCGGGAAGAAAGCAACCCUGUCUACAACUUCCAUACUUCACUGAGACUCCUAAUCUUUGCGUAGCCACAACAUUAAAGGAGUACUUGGCAGCGACUAAACAACUACGCACGUCAAACACUGAUUUCCUCUUUAUUACAUACAAGAAACCUCAUCGGAUAGCGAGCUGGUGUGAAUACCAAAAUCUUCAAAGCACACUCUACCCGCCAUGCUGCAACAUCGAAAGCCUUCCAAUUAGGAGUGCCAGUGGAGACUAUUCGUCAAACGGCAGGAUGGACGGCGAAGUCCAAAACUUUUUGUAA